AGAACAACCGUUGUAUCACCAAAACCAGCAUCCUCGUAUCCCCGGAGCUGUUGCUGUUCUACCCAUGGGCGUUGUCUCCUCACGUCAUCGAUUGACCCCGAUUCGGAAACAGUCCACCUUGAUUCCUCUGGUUGCCAACACCAACAACCACCACAUCGCGCCAUCACCGGACGAUGGGAUUCGGCCCAAGUCAGACUCUGUGGCUCUUGGCCCACUCCGUAUUUCAUCCAUGCCGGUGGCGACCAAUCUGAACUCUACAAUUGACGGUCCGGAUGACUCUUGGUUGCGGGGACCUACCUGCAGUGUUAUUGAAAAUAAACUACUCGGUUCCGCUCCUCAUCACUCUCCCUGGGCGACGCAUGAUACCUCGACCGCGACUCCGUCUGGAGGAACUUCCCCUAAGACGCCUGUCCCCCUGAACUCGGUGAUUCAAUGUGCUCCUAGUGCGGAAACGGUAAAACUUUCACCCUCUGUUAACGGCAGACUCCGGAUAUCUCCCCCAGACCCACAUGAUAGCGAAGGUGACGACUUGUUUGUUCUUUCUCGCCCCAAUGGAUCCACUGAUCUCUACGCUCCCUGUAAUGGAGACACAUCUCUCUCUGCUGAUGAGAUGGAUCUUCCAAUCUUUGAGGUAGACGAAGUCAAUUUGGCUCCCCCGAACACAUCUUGUGACGAAGAGUCCGUCACCACCGGAAGUUGCUCCAAUUUAUUUUCGUCAUCGGCUUCCAUUCCCAAUCACUUCACUUCGCCAAGCCUGCUCUCCCUGCCUGGUAGCUCGCUGUUAUCCGAUUCUGCGUCGGGUUCUUCACCGUCCAACUCGGAGUUGUACACAGACGAAUCUGCUGGAUUCAUACGCCCCGGUCCCAUAUGUUUCAAACCCACAGUGUCACACUUUGCCUCCUCCCCUCCUCGCCUCAAUGGCCUGGCAAACGGUGCCAGACACCCUGAUCAAAAUACUAUUUCAUCCCCUUCCAUCGCUCCGGUAGUUACUCCAAGACGUUUAACCGAUCGGCUUGGUGUAGUUCAGCUAAGUUCACCCAAGACUCCCUAUUCAUCUUCAUCAAGGCAUGACCCUCCCUGGAAUAGACGAUUUCCAUCUCCGUCAUCCAGCUCAGCAACUUUCAAAUCCCCAAACUCCACUGUGCGACCAUCGCCUGCCAACCCAGUUACUCUUAAAUGCCCCCUGCCUUCUACGCACAACGGAGGCUUAGAGACCACAGCUAUCUCCCGCUCUGCGGUAGCUCCUCAACUGCCUGGCCGACCCACCUACCCCUUCGGUCGCGAUUGUCGAUUUUUAUUCCAACUGCCCUUGGACAGUGAGGAGGAAGAGGAACAGCUGCACAAUCGCAGUUCGCCUGUUACCUCUCCCGCCAAUCUGGCAAUCAAACGCCGACUGGAGCGUGACUUAUGGCUCAAACGCGCCGAUCGCAUUGGCCGCUUCUUGGAGACUCGACCGACGUCGGAUGACUUGAUUGAGAAAAACAUAUUGCCCAGCAUUACUCCUGAACAGCGAGCUGAGAUGCGCAUUGAAAUAGAAGCCACCUUGGAGCGUCGCCUCAGUCAACGUCCCACAGUCGGCGAAUUGGAGCAGAAAAACAUACUGUACACCGAGACGGAAGAGAUGCGAAUGAAAGCGAAGGAGGAGAAGAAACGUCUACUUACUCGAAAGCUCUCCACGCGUCCGACGGUGAAGGAGUUGCAGCAACGUCGAAUUAUACGCUUCAACGAUUACGUGGAAAUCACAGAGGCAGACGUGUACGAUCGUCGGGCCGAUAAGCCAUGGACUCGAUUGACUCCGCGGGAUAAGUCGGUUGCUGCUAAGGCAAGUUAG